CCGUUUCCGUUGCAAGACGUAGUCACGGCCCUGCUCACUAUUUCAACUAUCAGCUGUAUUGUCAUUUGAAACGUUAUAUAUAUAUAUAUAUAUCAGCAGUAGUCACUGCGCAGGUGUGAGUCGUAUAAUAGGAUCCGUUCCCGGGAAGGCUCAGUAGCUAGCAUGCCGGCUAGUUAGCGGUGCGUCUCUGCUGCUCGCCGGAGAUGAUGGGGGUUAAAGCCAGCACCAGCACCGUGGCCGCCGGGGUGGCCGGAGCCCUGUUCGUUGGAUACUGCGUUUAUUUCGACAGGAAACGACGGAGUGAUCCCAACUUCAAGAAAAGGCUGCAAGAACGUAAGUCAUGUUAGCAAACUGGCAAGUCACCGUGUUUUUUUGUACCUGCGACAAAACAGGCUAGCUUAGCUUACAAAUGUUUGGCUAACUAUCUAGCGUGAUAUAACUUCAUUUUAAAAGCAUACGCUGAGCAGUGUGUUUUGGUUUAUAAUAAUAUUGCUAACUAGUAGCCAAUUUGAUUAGCUUGUCAAUAGUUAACUAGCGAAGUGCCACCAUAUCCGUUUAGCCAUUUAGCUAGUUAGCGUUGGAUAACAUUGCUGAUGAAUCAAUCGGGUCAAUCCAAUAUUAAGGAUGUUUUGUCAACAGUUAGUAAGCAAGUUUAGGGUGUUGUAUAAAUGUGUAGUUACUGUAGAUAGUUAGCAAAGUUAACCACCUCUCCCCACAUGGACUAGUAACGUUAGUGUUCAACAGAAUUAUGUUUAUGGUUUAAACAAUCAGACUCUAACCCCUUUCAUAUAACUGACAUUUUGUCUGUUACAAGUCACCCUUUCUUUAGCGUACCAGUAAUCAAAUAUGAAAUUGUUUUCAACAGGCAGAAGAAAACAGAAGUCUUCCCAAGAGAAGACGGGACUAACAAGGGUAAGACACAUUCCCAGCGGUGGACAGACCAGAGUCAGUCAUGGGGGCUAAUGAUUGAAGAUGAUAUGGAGGUAGUGCUUUUGGAAAGCUCUUUGUUUGAUCUCCUCUGUACUGACUGUCUGCCAUUUUAGCUGCCUGACCUGAAGGACUCGGAGGCUGUACAGAAGUUCUUCCUGGAGGAGAUCCAACUGGGAGAGGAACUGCUAGCGCAAGGUGAACUGUCACCACCUGUCUCCAUGGGGGCAUCACCUGGUCUUUUAUACACACCCAGUCCUAAAACACUACUAAGAGACUAUAACUAAAUAUCUGGUCCUGAAUAACAGGAUGGUCACUUGAACUUAGUCAGACUGACUCCCUUCUGGAAUAGCUGUGGCAAUAGUGUCUGGUCCAAUGUUAAACUGUGCAUUCUCAUAAACCUCCUGGUUGCUAAUGUUAGCUUCUGAAACGAGGAAGGGUUCUAGAUCAAACUGGAGAUCCAAAGCCCAGGGACCCGUGCCAGGGGCUCUGGUUAUUUCAGCUCUAGGACAUCCAUUACAUAAUCGUCUGGUUUUUUUUCUUGGAAGGAUGAGAAUGGAUUAGACCACCUGAUCUAACCAUGUCUACCAUCCCAACAGGAGACUGUGAGAAGGGAGUAGACCAUCUAACCAAUGCCAUAGCAGUGUGUGGUCAACCCCAGCAGCUGUUGCAGGUGCUGCAGCAGACUCUGCCUCCUCCAGUGUUCCAGAUUCUGCUCACCAAACUGCCCACCAUCAGCCAGGUGAGUUAGGAGGCUCUCUGCCACGGAAGACGCAAAGUCUCUAUUCCAACACUUAGAAUGAAGCAAUGUAUUGGGCGUGCAUUUUCAGUGAUAUGGAACUGUGGCCAAGUGGGGUUGGAGUGUCUCCAAAAUGGCUGACUUUCCCCUCAGCCAUGAGGAUGA